UCUGAUGCCUACUCAGAGCAGCUCAGAUAUUUCAUUAGAAAACAGCCUCCCCACCAGGCUCCCUGCUCCCUAUAAAAGGCAGAUGGAGCCUUCAUAGUAGAAGAGCUAGACCAACUAGAAGACUCUAGCCUUCACUCCAGAGUCCCUGCCCUCAAAAUGAAGAUCUCCGCCAUGCUUCUGUGUCUGUUGCUCAUAGCUGUCACUGUCAGCCCAGGAGAGCUUGCUGAGCCAGAUGAGUCACCCAUUCCAAAUACCUGCUGCUUUUCUGUAAUCUCGAGGAAGCUCCCCUUUCUGAGGCUGCAGAGCUACAGCAAAACCAGCACCCAAUGUGCCAUGGCAGCUGUGAUAUUCGAGACCAAGCGGGGUAGACAGGUCUGUGUGGACCCCACUCAGAAGUGGGUCCAAGAUUACAUGAAGCUCCUGGACCAGAAGUCUCAAACUCUGCAGGCAUAAGCCUUCACACCUGGGCUGAGAGACAGUCAGAGCUUGAAGUUCUUCCCUAACUUCUCCAGGCAUGGAUUUGUUACAAGAAGAUGGUGUCUGGUUUGGGUGUUCCCUCAUCCUUGUCUCUUACCUGAAAUAAUUCUGAUUAUUUCAGAAUUAUUCAGAAUUCAUCCUAUCUGAAUACCUGAAAUAAAAGCUCAUACAGAUUUGCAAA